GAUCGACUCCAUUCUUCUAACAAAAUCUCCCCAAUAUUUAACCCUCUUCCUCUCAUUGACGAUCCAAUCGAGCCGGGAUCUUAGCCCUCCUCUGCCCCCUGGCGCCAAGAACAAGGCCUGUCAAAAACCAUCCAUUUCACAGUUUCACCUCCAAACACUGAUGAAACACCAGACAUGGCAAGCAUGCUAUAAGAGGCACGCCUCCCCUUCAAAUGCAGGUCUCCCUCCGUCCUCCCUUGAGCUGGUUGCUGCUGCACCCGAGACGAAGCGACAGCAAACGCGGCCUCGUGCUCGACGACGACGACGCCGCCCGGCCGUUUGCAUAUAGAGCCGCCGCGCUCCCGGCGUCCACGCCACCGCCACCGCCGCCGCGCGCCCGAGCCUCGCCGUCCAUGCGCGCGCGCGCCCCUGCGUCUCCGCGGCGUCCCUACUAGCUGAUGGCACUUUCCUCCCCCGCGCGGCGCCGCCGGCUGCCCCUCCUCCUGCUGGCUCUGCUCCUCGCCGCGCUCUCCUCGCCCUGCGCCCGCGCGGCCUCGGAGCGGCGCCGCGCGCUUCUGGUGGCACCGCCACCAGCCGUUGCCCCCGGGCGCGCGUGGCAGGAGUUCCGCGUGGCGCCGCCUACGGCGCGGCCGAUCGGGGAAUGGCAGCGGAGGGUGCGCCGAGGCCGCGGCGGGGGCACCGGCGCGUGGACGUUCUCGGCGAUGCUGCCCCGGGGGUUCGUUCCGCCGUCGGGCUCCUCGGCGUGCCACAACGACAUGCCGGCCACCGCCGCCGACGCCAAUUUCUUCGCCUGCGGCGGCGCCGGGGCCCCGUGACGAUGAUCGACGGGCACUGUCUUGACCCUGCCUGCCUGCCUGCUUCGACCAACAAGGAUCCGAAGCAGGUCCAAGAACGGUUCGUGGAGCUGCAGGACUCUCUCUCCUCUCUGUUCGUUCAUGAAGGAUUCUUGCAGCAAUUGUAAAUUCGGUGAGGCUUAACAUGUUCUUCUCCAGAGUUCAUGAACUAUCCAGGCUCUGUAUCUGAUGAUCAACGGAUCCGAAGCCAGCAUGAGGUCCUACUCCUAGUGAGUUGCCGUUGUUUCCAUUUGUUUCCUCUCCCUGCCCCUGUUCUUAAGUACCUCCAAUCGCGAAGGGAAACAUUCGUUCAAUUGCACGCAGAGUGUUUGGACAUUGGUCUCGAUUGGUUGGCUACCAAAACGUACGCAUGCCAAUCUUUUUUACCAAAAGGUUAAUAAUUUUACAAGGUGAGCUACCUUUUGGAUUCCAACCAAAUAAAUGCUAAAAUAUUUUAGCAUGUUCACAUUUUGGCAUGGCAAAUUUGGUAACCAACCAAUCAGGCCCAUUAUUUAUUCUCUGUUUAGCUA